GCCCCCGCGGUCCUCCGUGCCGCCUCGCCGGGCCGGCUUUCUUCCCCUCCCGGAACCGCGCGUGAGGACGGCUGAGGCCGCAGGAGUGGUUUGGAAGAACAAUGAAUGUAAGUCUUUGACAUCAUGAUGUCCAUCCGGCAAAGAAAAGAAAUAAAAACCACAGAAGUUUCUGAGGAUUUUCCAGCACAGGGAGAAAAUGUGAAGUUGGGAGAUAAGUUGCCAUCUGGUUAUACCAGCAGAAGAUUAUGGAAGAUUCUGUCUUUCACUAUUGGUGGAGCUAUUGCCCUUUGCAUUGGACUUCUUACAUCUGUCUACUUCGCCACUUUACAUGAAAAUGAUUUAUGGUUUUCUAAUAUUAAGGAAGUGGAGCGAGAAAUCUCAUUUAGAACAGAAUGUGGACUGUAUUACUCCUACUACAAGCAAAUGCUGCAGGCUCCAACCCUCAUGCAAGGUUUUCAUGGCUUAAUAUAUGAUAAUAAAACUGAGUCUAUGCGGACAAUUAACCUCCUUCAACGAAUGAAUAUUUACCAAGAGGUCUUUCUCAGUAUUUUAUAUAGAGUUCUACCUAUACAGAAAUAUUUAGAGCCAGUUUAUUUUUAUAUUUACACCUUAUUUGGGCUUCAAGCAGUCUAUGUCACAGCUCUUUAUAUAACCAGCUGGCUCCUUAGUGGUACAUGGCUAUCAGGACUAUUAGCAGCUUUCUGGUAUGUCACAAAUAGAAUAGAUACCACAAGAGUUGAGUUUACCAUCCCACUGAGGGAGAACUGGGCGCUGCCAUUCUUUGCAAUUCAGAUAGCAGCAAUUACAUAUUUCCUGAGACCAAACUUACAGCCUCUUUGUGAAAGGCUGACACUUCUUGCCAUUUUCAUAUCAACUUUUCUCUUUAGUCUGACAUGGCAAUUUAAUCAAUUUAUGAUGCUGAUGCAAGCAUUAGUGCUGUUCAUACUGGACUCCUUGGACAUGCUGCCGGCAGUGAAGGCGACAUGGCUAUAUGGUAUACAGAUAACAGGUUUACUCCUGGUCUGCAUUCUUCAGUUUUUUAAUUCCAUGAUUCUUGGAUCAUUGCUUAUCAGUUUUAACCUUUCAGUGUUAAUUGCAAGAAAACUUCAGAAAAAUCUGAAAACUGGAAGCUUCCUUAAUAGACUUGGGAAACUUUUGUUACAUUUAUUUGUGGUUUUAUGUUUGACACUUUUUUUCAACAACAUUAUUAAGAAAAUUCUUAACCUGAAGUCAGAUGAACACAUAUUUAAAUUUCUGAAGGCAAAGUUUGGGUUUGGAGCAACAAGGGAUUUUGAUGCAAAUCUGUAUCUGUGUGAAGAAGCUUUUGGCCUCCUGCCUUUUAAUACAUUUGAAAGGCUUUCAGAUACUCUGCUUUUUUAUGCUUACAUAUUUGUUCUCUCCAUCACAGUGAUUGCAGCAUUAGUUGUUGCCUUUCAUAAUCUCAGUGAUUCUACAAAUCCCAGGAGUAAAAUGGGAAACUGCACAGUUGACCUGAAACCAGAAACUGCCUACAACUUAAUACAUACCAUUCUGUUUGGAUUCUUGGCAUUGAGUACAAUGAGAAUGAAAUACCUCUGGACAUCACACAUGUGUGUGUUUGCAUCAUUUGGCUUAUGUAGCCCAGAAAUAUGGGAGUUACUUCUGAAGUUGGUCCAUCUUUAUAACCCAAAGAGGAUAUGUAUAAUGCGAUAUUCAGUACCGAUAUUAAUACUGCUGUAUCUAUGCUAUAAGUUCUGGCCAGGAAUGAUGGAUGAACUCUCCGAGUUGAGAGAAUUCUAUGAUCCAGAUACAGUGGAGCUGAUGAACUGGAUUAACUCUAACACUCCGAUAAAGGCUGUGUUUGCUGGAAGCAUGCAGUUGCUGGCCGGAGUCAAACUAUGCACGGGAAGGACUUUAACCAACCACCCGCACUACGAAGACAGCAGCCUAAGAGAGCGAACCAAAGCGGUUUAUCAGAUAUAUGCAAAGAGGUCUCCAGAGGAAGUGCAUGCCCUCCUAAGGUCCUUUGGCACCGACUAUGUAAUCGUGGAAGACAGCAUCUGCUAUGAGCGAAGGCACCACCGGGGCUGCCGGCUUCGGGACCUGCUGGACAUCGCCAAUGGACACAUGAUGGAUGGCCCAGGAGAGAAUGAUCCUGAUUUGAAACCUGCAGACCACCCUCGCUUCUGUGAAGAGAUAAAAAGAAACCUGCCUGGCUUUAUGGCACACUUCACUAGAGUAUUUCAGAACAAAACAUUCCAUGUUUACAAGCUAACCAGAAACAAGUAACAAAAUUUCUGUCCAAUCUCUAUUUUUGAUACAGUGAAAGUGUUUCCUAACAAAACGAUAGAUCACAUUUCUUAUGUAAGUAGGUAGCCUGUACCUUAAAGCUGUGAUAAGAGUAAGCUCUACAGAUGUUUACACAAGUGUUACCAUCUUUGAAAGUAUCUUCUACAAGUUUGUCUUUUUGUCUUGUCUCUAUCUUCUCCACUAAUGUUCUUUAGCCUAAACGUUCAUAGCUUCCUAAGAGUGACCUAGUUUUGUUAUUGGAAAGAACAAUGUGUGUUCUAUUCAUAGCUUGGACAGCACAUAUCAUGUCAGAAAAUAAGAACCUGUUAAUUUUCAGGCUUAAGACAGCUGUGGUUGAAUUGAAUUGAGAGGAUGCAUAAUUAGAUUAUUUAAUAUUAUUUCAAUAAUGAAGACCAAUUGAUGGCUUUUUAAAAAGCUUUUUAUUGUCCUGUUUCACCUUAAACUUAUGUUUUCCAAUAGUCAUGCUUUUAACAUUAACCAAAAAAUCAUGUCAGGUUCUUGUAUGUAUAUUCAACAUUUUGUUGCAUUCUGUCUUAAAUAGAAUGUGUAGCACUUCAGUAGUAUGCAUCAUAUAUUGAGAGAAAAAGUGUGUGUGUGUUUUAUUGUUGGACACAGAAAAGUGUUACAAGUUCCAUAUUGUAAAUCCUUAAAGUAGCAGAAAUGUAUGUAGCCAAGUAGAAUUUGUUACUGUUCACUGUUAUUAUUUUAAAACCUACUGACACUGUUUAUCCUCUGCUACAAGUAAAAUAGUUCUGCUUUAUUACUCAUUUCAAUUUACUGGGUUUGCAAAAUUUUGUAAACUUUUUGUGUUUUUAUCCUUUGUAUUUUUUACAGCCUAGAACCUUGCAAAGUCUGAAUAUUUUUUAAAUGUUGUAUCUUAACUAGUUCACUAAUACAAUAUUUUUGGCAGACAGCAUUUUCAUACCAAGUUUGACUUGUGGUCUCCAAUCUUACUGUAGGGGCCCUGGUAGUGUUAUUCUUUUCCUUACUAAAAGGUAACCAAGUGCCUCUAAAUCAUGAUUAUUUGUAAACAACAAAGAGGAUUAUAUGUACCUGCUCAAAAUUUUUUGAUAAUUGCUUUUAUAAUUAAUUUCUAAUAAUAGGGACAUAUAACAGUUGCUGAUAAAAGCAUAUUGUGCAUUUUAAUUAAAUCAAGAUGGCUAAUGAAAUUAACUUUCUCCCCUGUUCUUGCUAGUUGGAAAUGAUUUAAAUGUUUCUCCUUGGAGUUGUAUUGAAGUAAAUUACCAUAGGCAUCAAGAUGGACACAUCACAUGUUCAAAUGAAUUUAUAUUCAGUUACUAUUUAUCACAUAGCAUUCAAAAAAUUUUUUACACUGUUAUAUUGGACACAGGGACUCUGAGAUAUUAUCACAUCUUAUUUAAAUAAAAACUUGACAGUAGCUGGGUUACUAAAUUAUAAAACUGAAACUUGAAUUAUGUCUUUCCUGUAUCCCUUAAUAAGAUUGGAGACCACUGCAGUUUAGGAUAAUAUAAUAAUAAAACAUUUUAAUCAGUACUAAAACUUUAAUUAAACCGGUAAUGAUGCAUGCCUGUUGUAGCUGACAGCAUGGGUCAGGUCAGUACAUCCUUCAGCGAGUGCCUUACUCUAAUUGAAACCAAGCACAUGUAAGGUACAAUGUUAGACUAUGUGGUUUUGUUUUUUAAAUCCUUUGUUACCUUUUCAGAUGUGUUUAAAUUUAUUUUUAGUAUUUCUGUAUGUAUUAAUCUGAGCCUUUGGGUAUUUGGAGUUUCAGUAUACAGGAAACAUGUACUUAAGUUUUUAUGCUUAUCAUUACUGCAUCAAUGGCAUGCAGUAAUUUUUUUUUUUUCAUAGUUUGGGUGCCAUUGUUGCUGAAACACCUAGUGUUCAGUGUUUAGUGAAAAAUAUGAAGUGCCAAAAAAAAAUCUUACAAGACAGAAUAUAUACAUACACUCUUUCCAAGACACUGUGACCGUGUACAGUAGGAAGUUUUUAUUUCCUGAUGACCAAAUCUCUCAACAAAUCAUAUUAAAUAUUUUUAGCACUCACGUAUUCUCUUGUAUGGUCUUCUCAUUGGAGUACACAGGAGAAAAGGAGGGAAAGCAUCUGACUUCUGGCUCUGGUUUCCAGCUCUCUGCUAAGCGGAAGCAAGAGACCUGUGGCUUAAGUGCCCCACCACACAGACUUGUGUGGCUGUGUUAAUAUUUGAUAAUUGCCUCCAGUUAUGGCUGUUUUUUAUCAGUAGAAAAACUACUUGAUUUAGCUUCUGAGUUAGCAGUCAGCAGAACCUCUAAGUACAAUAGAAGUGCUCUUAACUGACUGUACUUAUAUGACUCCCCAGACCCCUAAAGUCUGCAUCUCUCUUGUAAGCUGCCUGCCCCAGCACAGCUGGGAGGCUACUCUCCGGUGUUCUCAACACUUGUUUCAUCCCUUGAAUUGUAUGCCCAUAUGAGACUUCUCCAUGCUAGUUCUACUUAUUUUAAGUACACAACUCAAUUAACUAUUUACAUAAACCUAAGAAAUAUGGGUAUAAAAAGGAAGAGUUAUUUCUGCAAAAAUUAAGUGGAGUGCUUUGGUAAGAUAAAAGUUCAGUUGCUAAUAAAAGUUGCUUUUAAA